UCUCUCUGAUCGUUAUUAUACAUCACGCAGGUUCAUGACGCAUGUAAACAUAUCUUGCACUUUAAAGCAGCUGACGACGCAACAGCUUGAGAUAAGUGAACCCUCCUGAAGAGUCUGAAUACAAAAUUAAGAGUUUUCAUCCACGAAGCAGUCCUUGGAUUAGCGGAUCGGGGGAUCUGUCAAAUGUUUAAUCGAAGUCUUUGAGCACUCGUCUCACAGUCAGUUGGAACGAAGAUGAGAGACAGAUCGACGAGGGAUACGUGUGCUCGAGAAUAAUACAACAAGCUUGCCUCGAUUACACGAUAUUUAUAACCUAUAUUUAUAAAUAAUUUGCAUGCUUGGAGUGAUUUGCAAGAUCCUAUUCGAUCAUGAAUGAUAGUAAGAACAUUGACAGUAGGAUGAUCAAUGGAAAUGUCAGUGGUAAUCUGUCACCGCUACCAGCGGAAAAGUUGCCAGAAUGUUGGAACCAGGAGGAAAGGAUGAGCGCGUUGUUUUCUCCAUUUCGCAGCAAGUCCGCAAACCCGCAGGAUUGGGUCUCCAAGUACAAGUUCUGGAAUGAUCUAAUAUACGAGUGGCUGAAACAUACCAUGCAGUGCAGCUUUUCAUUGGUUGAUUUAAACGAAGCCUUCAAAAGAAAGGGCUGUGCACCGCUCUGUCUGGUUACUGUAAUGGAGGAGCUUUUGAGAAAUAACGAGAUAAUUCAAGAGACUGACUUUUUUAAAGAGCCCUGUGAAACAUGGACAGCAUGGUCAAUCGACAUAUUUGUAAAAAGACCAAUUACCUGGUCGUUUACCAAGGUAAAAAAUUAUGUUGUGGGCCAGAACAUUAAUGACAUAGAAAUAAGAUAUGUACAUCUACGGAUUGUGCGAGAAUUAGGUGACAUUAUCCUUUCUAUCACUGAAGUUAAAAAAACCAAUGUUUUGUUUUCGAUAUCGGAGAUAAUAGAAUAUUGCAAAAGCAAAACAGAAAAGCAGAUUUCAGAGACAGCAGUGAGAUUAACAUUGGAGUGGUUAAAACAAAAAAGAAAGGUGGUUUUUAAGAAGAACUCAAAUCCAAAUAGUGAAUUAUUAGUUAAGAUCUCUGUGCAAACAGUGAACAAAAUUACAGAGAUAGAAGAAGGCAUGUAUAAAUUGAUAAAACAGGAAAACGAACUGAUCAAGGAAAUAGAGCUCAUGGAGCAAGAGAAGCUUAACAUUAUUAAUGAAGCAAAGUCAUACUUAGGGAAAGAGUUGCGUCAGAUGGCGAAGACGCAAUUGAAGAGAAAAAUGGAAUUGGAAAAAACCAUAGAGAAGCGUGCACACGCUCUUGCAAAUUUACGCGUUCUCAUCACUAAUAUUCAAGACGCGCAUUCUAACUCCGCUGUGUUAUCUGCUUAUAAAACUGGAUCUGAUGUAUUGAAAAAAAUAGGACAAAAUAAUUUAACAGAAUAUGAUGUUAGAGAUGUUAUGGAUGACAUUAAUGAGAUUUUAGAGGAAAAAAAAGACAUAGAUACAGUUUUAUCUGAAACAUUAAACAACACAGACUCUGAUGCUGAAUUGGAAAAAGAAUUAGCAGAAUUGUUAGCUGAAGAUGAUGAGGAAGUUUCUACUGAGGAAGUUCCCGAUUCAAAUCCAGAGAUUGAAAAAUUGAAGCAACGUUUGCAGGACUUACAUAUGGAAGGUUUAGUUUCACCCAGCAAAGAUGUAACUGCACUACCGCGUGUACCUAACAAAGAAAAAAUGUUGAAAAAACUCGAAUGCUUGUAAGUUGCAAUAGUUAAAUAUCAUGCAAUAACUUUAUAGAAUUAUUCGUCACAUUAAAAAAAAAAGUUUUACUGUAGAUAUUAUGCUAUAUAAUGGAAAAAUAUAUUUUUGAAUGUACAUUAUGUAUAAAAAUAUGUAAAAUUUUUUUUAUUAAAACAAUAAUUAAAUUAAUUUUUUAUUAAAUCUGUUUUGUGCAUAACUUGACAUUCAUAAAGUUAAAAUAGAAAAUAUAUAUAGUAAUUAA